UGGUGGGACAUAAUUCUCAAGGAUAGGGGUCAGCUGAGACUUCUGGCAAGUGUACAAUUUUCCACCCAUGCUCAAUGCAACAGGGAAGGACUGGUUCUCAUGCUGAAAGAACUCGUGGAGGUCAUGCUGAGUUACAUGUAACCCAGGUUAAAAAUCUGUAGUGAAAACAAUUCAUUAUGUAUUAAAAUCCAAGAUGUUUGAAUAUAGAGAGACCGUUAAAUUCAUAGUAGAAAAACAAUUCAUCGAAUAUGAUGCUUAUUAGCUGAUUAAAACAAACAUGUUCAUUUAAAAGGAGAAAUUUAAUAGUAACAGAAAAGUCAUGGAUUUGUAAUUUGAAAGAGCGGUCUUUCAUCCAAUCAGAAGAGAAGCUCCCACCCACUGACCCCAAUCGCGCGGGUUAACUUCCUCUGAAGCCGCUAUGAGAACGAGAGCAAGCCAGAUUGAGCGCGAGACGAGUCAGAACACAAUUUCGGAUGGUAAAACAAUUAAAAACCUGGAUAAAACUGAGAGAAAGCUGUAGGAAAAAUUCCCCCGGCCGACCUGGACCUGUGUGAGCGCAGUGAGAGAAGCCGUACGGGAGGAGAAACGCAUCGGUGAGCGAUGAGUUUGAGAUGCUAAAUUGUAAAAGCUAACGGCGACACGUAGCGUAGGCGCUAAUGUCGGAGCGCUAGCUCCAAGUGCUAUUUAACAUUGGGGUAGACACACUAGGAUAUGAACGCAAUGCAUUAGUCUGCCAUUUUGUUUUUGCAUAAGAGACAUUUGUUUUCCCCUUUUUGUUAGUUCUUUUUUCUGUGCUCACUGAGCAGUAUAGAGUGUGUAUUUAGCAUUCUGCCUGUGAAUUUUAAGUAUUUCUGAGAAUUGUGAUGUCAUAUUACAACAGAAAUUCAGUAACCAGAAGUUAUUCUCUAUUGAAGUAGAGUUUGUAUAGACUUAAUAUGAUUUUAUACCAAUUCAUUGAGAGUUGGCAAAGUUAAAAUGAAUGCUCUGACCCUACCCGUCGUAGGUCAGGUUUUUCUGUUGGACCUACGUGGAUGAUGGAGCCAGUCGAAGUUUGAUGGCGAGCCAAACCCCGGAGGAUACUUAGAGAUACCGCGGACCCUGAAUCCUUUUUCACUGUGACAUACAUACACAUCACCCUCACACUAGUGAGGUGGGACCCUUUUUUUUUAAUUGUACAAAGUUGGUUGGACUGAACAUUAGCGACAUAAGCAGCUGCAGAGAUUUUAUUUUAUUUUCAUACUUACCCGGGUAAGAGUUGUUUAGACUGUGUUAAUACAUGUGUUAUUAUUGUGGCCUUCCCGUUCUGUUUUAAUAAAUAGGGAAACAUUUCUGUAUUUUUAAAAAGUGCACUGUGGUUGUGUCGUUCUUGUGCAUCCAUUGGUUUAUCCUGGGCUCCGUAGUCAAACCUUAGAGCUUCUGAUAAUACUGGUCAUUAGAUCUAAUCAUCCCCCCUCUCUUCUUUAAAGAGAGAAGUGUUACAAUUCGUGGCGAGCCAGCCAGGAGCCUAGUUAUUUACCGAUCGAUCGCCUGGAACAAACUAUUUCAUUUUUAUUUUGUGAUAACACACAUUGCAGAAAAAAAACGGAGGUCAUUGAUAAGUUGGGUAUCAAAGUUCCAAAUGCCGUUCUAGUGAGUGGGUUGACAGGAUCUGAAAAAGAUGAAGAGAUUUUUGAUAUUUUGAAAAAAUAUGGUUCACUCAGUAGGACUGAAAAGAUAGAUGAUCCGAAUACAGAGUUUCAUACAAACCUGAUAGUAGAGUAUAACUAUGGCACUGCUCUAGAAGCGUUAGAACCCCUUUUGCCUUAUGCUCACCCAUCGUCAGGCAAUUCUGGUAUUGCCUUCCAUGUUCGAGCCCUGGCGAGUGUCUACACACAAAGGGUAAGCGGUGAUGUCACACAAAAUUACCUCCAGAAACUGAAAGGAAUCGCCAAACUCAGUGGAAAGGAUUUUGAGGAGGUGUUAAAGGAGGCCAUGUCGCAAAUAGAGGAAUCUAUUGAUGAUGCUGAGUCCAGUGAGCAUGUCACUACCCCCCAAUAUUCAGUGGAAGCUGAGAAGACGGCAGAGCCCAGCCAGCAUGACAUUACAUCACAGCUUUUGGUUGGUGCUCCCCCUCCUCUUGGUCCUGGUCUCUCUGAUGUUAAUCAGAGAAUGACUGCUCCCCCUUUUUACUCAAAGACACCCUCAACUCCCAGUGAGCUCAACCCACCUGAAGUGCAAAAGAUAGUGGUGGAGCACAUUGUGAGGAAUGAAGACAGGUCUUCACAGUCUCACUCUACCCUGAGACUGAGAGGUUUCUCUGGGAAGAUCCCUCGACCAUACAGUGAGGUUGAUUAUGACACUUGGAGGUCCCAUGUUGAUUUGAUGAUGAAAGAUGGUUCUGUCUCUGACCUUGAUAAAACUCGUAAAAUCCUCGAAAGUCUUCUUGUUCCAGCUUCAGAUGUCAUCAAGCAUCUUGGCUCUGAAGCGCCUCCUACAGCCUACUUGCAAUUGUUAGACUCUGCAUUUGCCACGGUUGAAGAUGGGGAAGAACUGUUUGUGCGGUUCAUGAGCACAUUCCAGGAUUCUGGAGAAAGACCAUCUACAUACCUGCAGCGUCUCCAGGUUGCCCUGGGUAACGCGGUGCGCAGAGGGGGUGUCCCAGCACAAGAUGGAGACAAAAACCUACUCCGACAAUUUUGCAGGGGCUGUUGGGAUAACGUCCUGCUUGCUGACCUUCACCUAGAGCACAAAAAACAGAACCCUCCAUCAUUUGCUGAGCUCUUAAAGCUUGUACGUACUGAAGAGGGUAGACAAGAAGCCAAGAUCAUGAGAAUGAAACAACACUUGGGUACCACGAAACAGAAAGCUGUGUCCCACGUGCAGACUGUGUGUGACUGCAGCGAGACCCGAGACGAGUCUGAUGCAAAGAGCAUACAUGAGCUAAGGAAACAGGUUGCAGACCUGAAAAGUCAGCUAACAUCCCUCAUGAAAAAGAAAAAGGCAGCAUCUCCCAAACAAGAAAAAGUUAAGGUGACAGAAACACAAAAACCUGACCAUGCAAACACAGAAACCAACUUACCUUCCCAUACGAGUGCAAAAUCCAAGCCAAAGCCCUGGUACUGUUUUCGCUGUGGGGAGGAUGGGCACAUCGUCGCCACCUGUGAGUCAGAUGCCAACCCUGCCCUGGUAGCAGCGAAAAGAAAAGAACUGAGACAACGGCAGCAGUUAUGGGAGACACAGAACACCUCGUCUUUUCCUUUAAACUGAGCUCAGUUCUUGUUGCGGGACAGACAAGAACUGAGACUGGUCAGCCAGGUCCCACUGAACCCAACCCAAAAGUCAAGCAAUGUGCUAUGCUAAAGCAGUCUCACACAAGAGCUCAACCCUUCAAGCUACCUAAAGGGUUGGUUGGUACAAAGAGCACAGCAUGGGUAGGAGUGGCAGGAAGCCCCACAGCAUCUCUAUUGGACACGGGCUCCCAGGUCACCACAGUCCCUCAGUCGUUCUAUCAGCAACACCUUUCUGAACAUGAAAUCAAGCCACUGUACGACUUACUAGAAGUUCUAGGAGCCAAUGGCCAGUGUGUACCCUACCUGGGAUACAUUGAGCUGAACAUCACUUUUCCAAAGGAGUUUCUAGGGGUGGAAUUUGAGGUGCCAACACUCGCUUUGGUGGUCCCAGAUGUUCAUGCUGCUUCUGAUUCCCUCAUACUGAUAGGUACUAACACACUUGACGUGCUGUACGAAAUGUACAUUGAAUCUGCUUCUGAAACACAGCAACCAACAGCUCAAGGCUACAAGGCCGUUCUCAAAGUUCUUGAGCUGCGGCACAGGCAAAGUAAGGAUGGAAACCUUGGGCUGGUGAAGUUGCAUGGCAAGGGUGCCCAGUUGGUUCCAGCAGGCCAAACCGUAGUUUUGGAAGGCUGUGUUGCAGUCAGUAGGUUCGCUAAUGAGAAGUCAGUGGUUCUGGAUCACCCUUCCUCAUCUUCGUUGCCAGGUGGUCUGCUGGUGAAACCCUGUCUUGUUGAUUUGCCAACUAAACAGCCACGCAAAGUCCCAGUAGUACUUACCAAUGAGUCAGACCGCAAUGUUAUAGUUCCUCAGCAGUGUAUUAUUGGUGAAAUCAGUGCUUUUCAGAGAGUUUUCUCAAAAGAACAAGGUGAAUCUACCUCAAGACCAGACUCACCCCAGAAGUCCGACAUCACAAUCAACUUCAGUGACUCUCCUAUCCCUGCCAAAUGGAAAGAGCACAUCACAGAGAAACUGAACAGUAUGCCGGAGGUGUUUGCACAGAAUGACCUCGAUUUCGGCAGAACCAACAAAGUCAAGCACCAGAUAAAGCUCUCUGAUGAGACCCCAUUCAAACACAGAGCCCGCCCCAUACAUCCCCACGACUUGGAAGCCGUUCGUAAACAUCUGCAGGAACUGCUUCAAGCUGGAGUGAUCAAAGAAUCUGACUCCUCAUUUUCUUCACCCAUAGUUGUAGUGAGGAAGAAGAACGGAGAUGUCUGCCUCUGUAUCGAUUAUAGGAAACUCAAUCUCCAGACUGUGAAGGAUGCUUACGCACUCCCAAACCUGGAAGAAGCUUUCUCUACGCUCACCGGAUCAAAGUGGUUCUCAGUCCUUGACCUAAAAUCCGGUUACUAUCAGAUAGAAGUCGAAGAAGCGGACAAACCCAAAACCGCCUUUGUGUGUCCCAUGGGGUUUUGGGAAUUUAACCGGAUGCCUCAAGGUGUCACAAACGCUCCGAGCACGUUCCAGCGUCUAAUGGAGAGAUGUAUGGGGGAUAUGAAUCUCAAGGAGGUCCUUGUGUUUCUCGAUGACAUCAUUGUUUUUUCCAAGACGUUGGAAGAGCAUGAAGUGAGGCUGAUGAAGGUUUUGACACGGCUACGAGAGUUCGGCCUUAAGCUCUCCCCGGACAAAUGCAAGUUUUUCCAAACGUCGGUCAAGUAUUUGGGGCAUAUAGUGUCUCAGGACGGAGUGGGAACUGACCCCGGAAAAGUGGAAGCCCUAAAACAGUGGCCCAGACCUCAAGACCUGAAACAGCUAAGGUCUUUUCUUGGGUUUUCGGGUUACUACAGAAGAUUCAUAAAAGACUAUUCCACCAUAGUUAGACCCCUCACUGACCUGACAUCGGGCUAUCCUCCACUACACAAGAACAUCAAACACAAGGCACAGACUUACCAAUACCACGACCCAAAGAAGCCAUUUGGUGCUCGCUGGACUGAUCGCUGUGAGCUAACAUUCAACACCAUCAUUGAGAAGCUCACUACAGCUCCUGUUCUUGGGUUUGCUGAUCCCAGGGUGCCGUACGUCCUCCACACAGAUGCCAGUACCACAGGCCUUGGAGCAGCCUUAUACCAAGAGCAAGAUGGUCACAUGCGAGUGAUCGCAUAUGCUAGCAGGGGCCUGUCACGCAGUGAGUCAAGAUACCCAGCACACAAGCUAGAAUUCCUAGCUUUAAAAUGGGCUGUCGUCGAGAAAUUUUGUGAUUACCUGUAUGGUAACCAAUUCACCGUUGUAACCGACAGCAACCCCCUAACGUACGUCCUUACCAGUGCCAAACUGGAUGCCACCAGUUACAGAUGGCUGGCAGCCCUCUCAACAUUCACCUUCACACUCCAGUACAGGCCAGGUAAACUGAACAGUGAUGCGGACGGUCUUUCUAGGAGGCCACAUGGAGAGCCUUCAAAUGACCUGAAGUCCCAGAAAGAACAGGAGCGCAUCAAUCAGUUCACACGAACACACUUGGCUGACCUUGAGGGUAGUGUGAGCCACAACGUCGUGCGCGCCAUCUGUGAGAGGCAUCUUGUUUGUGGCACACCAAAUGAUUGUGAAGACAGCGAUGGAGGCAUGGCGCUGGUGCAGUCUCUGGCAACCUCUCCUGAAGUCCUGCCAGACAGUUUCGUGGACGAGCAUGGUAGCUUAUCUGGUCUUCCUCAUCUGUCGGAGGUUGAAAUGAGAGAUUUGCAGCGAGCAGACUCCUGUCUCAGAGAGGUAAUAGCUCAAAUUGAAAGUGGAGAAAAGCUACCUCCAACAGUCAGAAGAGAACUUCCUGACGUUCCUUUCCUUCUAAGGGAGUGGAAUCGUCUUGAAAUAAAAAAUGAAGUGUUGUACAGAAGACGGCAAGACAGUGGCAAAGUCACAUAUCAACUUGUCUUACCUGAGAAGCUCCGGGCAGUUGUUCUUAAGAGUCUUCAUGAUGAAAUGGGUCACUUAGGUACUGAACGUACCUUGAAUUUGGUGCGGACCAGAUUUUUCUGGCCUAAAAUGGUGGCUGAUGUGGAAAGAAAAAUAAAGACCUGCGAACGGUGCAUCCGCAGAAAAGCACAGCCAGAAAAGGCGGCACCACUGGUGAAUAUAGAAUCCACCAGGCCCUUAGAGCUUGUUUGUAUGGAUUUCUUGACUGUAGAGCCUGACAGAAGCAAUGCAAAGGAUAUUCUGGUGAUCACUGAUCAUUUUACGAAGUAUUCAGUUGACAUACCAACACCAAAUCAGAAAGCUCAGACCGUCGCCAGGUGCCUUUGGGACAACUUCAUGGUCCAUUAUGGAAUCCCAGAGCGAUUGCACAGCGACCAAGGACCUGACUUUGAGUCACGGACAAUCAAAGAGCUCUGCAAAAUCACUGGAAUCCGUAAAAUCCGUACAACACCCUAUCAUCCCAGAGGGAAUGCAGUCGAACGUUUUAAUAGAACGUUGCUGAGCAUGUUGGGAACACUUGACAACAAAGACAAAUCACAGUGGCGGAACUUUGUGAAACCUUUAGUACAUGCGUACAACUGUACGAAGAAUGAUGUAACAGGGUUCACACCCUAUGAACUCAUGUUCGGUCGUCAACCGAGGCUACCUGUCUAUCUAGCCUUCGGGUUACCCUUGAGAGAUGGUGAGUACAAGUCUCACUCACAGUACGUUCAGAGACUCAAGUCUCAUCUGGAUGAGAGUUACAAGAUUGCCACCCAGAACGCAGCUAAGACAGCAGCGAGGAACAAGGCAAGAUUUGACAGCCAUGUCACUGCUUCUAAAUUGGAGGCGGGCGACAGGGUGUUAGUGAGAGCUGUUCGUCUACGUGGCAAACACAAGCUUGCUGAUAAGUGGGAGACAGAUGUUUAUGUGGUGGUGAAGCAAGCUGGAAAUCUCCCAGUUUACACCCUUAGACCAGAGAACAAGGAUGGCCCCUUGCGAACCCUUCACAGAGACCUCAUGCUUCCCUGUGGUUCUCUUCCACUGAGUGUCGAAAAGCUGGACUUGCCCAGACCACGCAGGCCACAGACACGAAAGUCUAUUGAACAACCUGAUGAUGUAAACGAUCAGUGCGACUCUGAGGAUGACAUUCCAUACGAGUGGUUCAGAGAGCAGCCUGAGACAGAAAUUGCAAGAUUCACGACUGUCCAUGAAGUCCCUAGACCAAACUUCACAGCCCCUUCCUCAAAGAAAGACGGGAGGAACAUAUCUGAACAACGCUUACCUGUCGAUACUCCAGUUGGUGAGGAACACUUACCUGAUAUCCCAUGUGGCGACUCACGUAGCAAUGAAGCAGGAAAUUUCCCAGAAGUUCUGCCCACUGCUCCAGAAUCUCGCACAGAAUCUGAAAAUGAAGUACAGUUUAAAGGACCAUCAAGUGAAUACUUACCUGCCCAUGUCACUGAAUCCACCAGAGAUGUUCCUGCUGAAAAGGAUGUCCCUGUUAGACGAACAGAAAGAGAGAUUAACAAUGAUUCAGAAGUUUCUAGUGAUGCUGUACGACGUUCAACCAGAAGCAGAGAGAAGCCUGAUCGGUUUCAGUAUUCACGCCUCGGCAGUCCACUGGUGUCUAUCGUUCAAUCUCUGUUUCAAGGCCUGAACACCGCUCUUACGGAUGAACUAUUGGCAGCUGAACAGACUAAACUGAACUCAUCCUUCAACAUGUUACCGGACUGCAGUUCCCAUGCACAGGGAUGUGCAUAGAUUCAAGAGGGGAGGGUGUAACCCAGGUUAAAAAUCUGUAUUGAAAACAAUUCAUUAUGUAUUAAAAUCCAAGAUGUUUGAAUAUAGAGAGACCGUUAAAUUCAUAGUAGAAAAACAAUUCAUCGAAUAUGAUGCUUAUUAGCCGAUUAAAACAAACAUGUUCAUUUAAAAGGAGAAAUUUAAUAGUAACAGAAAAGUCAUGGAUUUGUAAUUUGAAAGAGCGGUCUUUCAUCCAAUCAGAAGAGAAGCUCCCACCCACUGACCCCAAUCGCGCGGGUUAACUUCCUCUGAAGCCGCUAUGAGAACGAGAGCAAGCCAGAUUGAGCGCGAGACGAGUCAGAACACAAUUUCGGAUGGUAAAACAAUUAAAAACCUGGAUAAAACUGAGAGAAAGCUGUAGGAAAAAUUCCCCCGGCCGACCUGGACCUGUGUGAGCGCAGUGAGAGAAGCCGUACGGGAGGAGAAACGCAUCGGUGAGCGACCAGUUUGAGAUGCUAAAUUGUAAAAGCUAACAGCGACACGUAGCGCAGGAGCUAAUGUCGGAGCGCUAGCUCCAAGUGCUAUUUAACAUUGGGGUAGACACACUAGGAUAUGAACGCAAUGCAUUAGUCUGCCAUUUGGUUUUUGCAUAAGAGACAUUUGUUUUCCCCUUUUUGUUAGUUCUUUUUUCUGUGCUCACUGAGCAGUAUAGAGUGUGUAUUUAGCAUUCUGCCUGUGAAUUUUAAGUAUUUCUGAGAAUUGUGAUGUCAUAUUACAACAGAAAUUCAGUAACCAGAAGUUAUUCUCUAUUGAAGUAGAGUUUGUAUAGACUUAAUAUGAUUUUAUACCAAUUCAUUGAGAGUUGGCAAAGUUAAAAUGAAUGCUCUGACCCUACCCGUCGUAGGUCAGGUUUUUCUGUUGGACCUACGUGGAUGAUGGAGCCAGUCGAAGUUUGAUGGCGAGCCAAACCCCGGAGGAUACUUAGAGAUACCGCGGACCCUGAAUCCUUUUUCACUGUGACAUACAUACACAUCACCCUCACACUAGUGAGGUGGGACCCUUUUUUUUUAAUUGUACAAAGUUGGUUGGACUGAACAUUAGCGACAUAAGCAGCUGCAGAGAUUUUAUUUUAUUUUCAUACUUACCCGGGUAAGAGUUGUUUAGACUGUGUUAAUACAUGUGUUAUUAUUGUGGCCUUCCCGUUCUGUUUUAAUAAAUAGGGAAACAUUUCUGUAUUUUUAAAAAGUGCACUGUGGUUGUGUCGUUCUUGUGCAUCGAUUGGUCGAUCCUGGGCUCCGUAGUCAAAACUUAGAGCUUCUGAUAAUACUGGUCAUUAGAUCUAAUCAUCCCCCCUCUCUUCUUUAAAGAGAGAAGUGUUACAUACACAGCAGUGAUAUCACUAGUGUGCCCUGGUUGUGUGCCGAUAUUCACUCUAUUACAUCUGCAAGCUUGUACUGUAUAAACAUCUAAAUUCUGUACUGCAAUGGCCCCAUUGGAUGCAUAGACCAAAAAUAUGUGCAUGCGAAAAGUUAAUGUUUCAUAGUCACUAAGAUCUGAUUACUUCAAGGCAAU